CAGCCUUCGGCGGCCUUAUCGCGCGCUAUCGACCCGCCUCGCGGCCGCCAUCUUGCGCCGCGCAUGCGUACCGCGAAUGCGACAUCACUGACGUUUCAACAAACCCCACCAGUAUCAAUCCGAAAAUUACGGAAAAUUGUAAAUAAAAUUGUAAAUAGAAUUCAAACAAAAAAGAAACGUGAUAUUUUUUAUUUAUCGCCGUAAUAUUAAAAGAUAUGCCUGUGCGUUUACAGACUGAACUUUCCUGAAAACAAGUUUUGAAGAAGCAGCAACAUGAUUGAUCCAAGCUCCUCCGAAGAAGACAGCGAGGAUGAACAUAAGAAGCAGCCCUCUAAAUUACCUGUUAUGCCACCCGGUUCCCUGGCGGGUGGAAGACCAUCAGUGCGAGGGAAACCAGAACUGCCUAGAGGAUCAACAGCCGGUCUGCCAGGUAAAGGUCCAAGUCCACUUACAACGGCACCGUUAGCAGCACCUCUGCAUCCUGCCACCAGACAGAGAGAGGCUGCGGCCCUAGCACCACCCCCUCAUGCAUCGAGUAGAUCAUUCUUGCGCAGGACGUCGACUGGAAGUGCGAGUUCGGGGGAGGCACCAGCACCUUCACCAAGUCCAUCUGGUGCUAGCCAUUCUGACAAGGAUCAGGAUCCACAGGAGAAAAUCGAAAAGCUAGAGGAAGACAAGAAACGCCGUAUUCAACUAUAUGUUUUUGUAUCUCGGUGUAUCGCUCAUCCUUUUAACGCGAAACAGCCUACUGAUAUGACUAGAAGACAUACGAAGCUUACUCCUCAUCAACUAGAAACUAUUCAAGCUCGAUUUCAGGCCUUCCUCAAGGGUGAGACUCAAAUACUGGCAGACGAAGCAUUCCAGAAUGCAGUUCAGUCCUAUCAUGACGUGUUCCUCAAGUCGGAGAGAGUGGAACAGAUGGUCAAGUCAGGGGCCUGCUCCCACCACGACUUCCGUGAAGUUUUCAGAAACAACAUCGAGAAGAGAGUCAGGUUUGGAAUGUCUCUCCCAGAAAUAGAUGGAUUAAGUAAAGAAACAGUUCUAUCAUCGUGGUUGGCAAAGUUUGACUGUAUCAUGAAGGGUACAGGAAUAACAGGCAUUCCUGGAGAUGACGAAUCGAAGAGACCUUCACGAGCGCAGCAGCAGAGCCUCAACGCUGAAUGCAUCCUCAGCAAAGAACAGCUCUACGACAUGUUCCAACAAAUCCUCGGAGUCAAGAAGUUUGAGCACCAGUUGCUUUUCAAUGCUCUUCUUUUGGAUUCAGCCGAUGAACAAGCGGCAGCUAUCAGAAGAGAAUUGGAUGGAAGAAUGCAGAAAGUCAACGAAAUGGAAAAGAAUCGCAAGCUAAUGCCAAAGUUCGUGCUGAAAGAGAUGGAGUCGCUAUACAUCGAAGAGUUGAAGUCCUCUAUCAACCUCCUGAUGGCCAACUUGGAGUCCUUGCCCGUUUCUAAGGGCGGGGCCGACUCCAAAUACGGCCUACAUAAAAUCAAGCGGUAUAAUCACAGAUCGAACGCUGGACCGGAUCCGAGUCCAAGGUUGAGUAAGCAGCUGUGUUUCAGAUCGCAAGGCUCGCUUGCCAACAAACUGACGGGUGAAGCUGAUGGUGGUGAUGUGGACACUCAGCUCACGAAAAUGGAUGUAGUGCUUACAUUCCAAAUAGAGGUGGUUGUUAUGGAGGUGAAAGGUCUGAAGUCUUUAGCACCAAAUAGAAUAGUUUAUUGCACUAUGGAAGUUGAGGGAGGGGACAAACUGCAGACUGAUCAAGCUGAAGCCUCUAAACCUAUGUGGGAUACCCAAGGUGACUUCAGUACGACACAGCCGCUGCCUGCUGUAAAGGUGAAGCUGUAUACUGAGAACCCUGGAGUACUGGCGCUGGAAGAUAAGGAACUCGGGAAAGUAGUGCUUAGGCCGACACCUUUAUCUAGUAAAGCACCUGAAUGGCAUCGUAUGACAGUACCAAAAAAUCUACCAGACCAAGACUUGCGAAUUAAGAUUGCCUGCAGAAUGGAUAAGCCACUAAACAUGAAACACUGCGGUUACCUUCAUGUAAUUGGCAAAAACGUUUGGCGCAAAUGGAAGCGUAGAUACAUGGUGCUGGUCCAAGUGAGCCAGUACACGUUUGCCUUAUGUUCGUACAAAGACAAGAAGUCGGAGCCGGCUGAGAUGAUGCAGCUCGAUGGCUUCACAGUCGAUUAUAUCGAGCUAGCAAGCGCUCAGCUGAUCGUCGGACAAGGUAAGGCAAACAAGAAAACAAUAGAAUUGGAGGGUGCUAAAUACUUCAUGAACGCCGUGCGUGACGGGGAGUCAGUUCUCAUGGGAGUCACUGAUGAGAAUGAGUGUCAUUUGUGGGUCAUGGCCUUAUACAGGGCUACUGGACAGAGUCAUAAGCCUACACCGCCUACUACGUCUGAUACGCAUCAUAAAAUUAUGGGAGACGCAGAUAAAGCUCGAAAGCAUGGGAUGGAGGACUACAUUCAAGCGGAUCCGUGUCAGUACGAUCAUCAUCAAUUGUUCUGUGUGCUGCAGUCUUUAACUUUGAAAUAUCGCCUACAGGAUCCUUACUGUUCUUUGGGCUGGUUCUCCCCUGGCCAAGUAUUCGUCCUAGAUGAGUACUGCGCAAGAUACGGGGUUCGAGGCUGUUUCCGUCACUUGUGUUACCUAUCAGACCUCCUCGACGUUGCCGAAAGCGGGUCUCAAACUGUGGACCCCACACUCAUGCACUACUCCUUCGCGUUCUGUGCCAGUCAUGUCCAUGGUAACAGAGUAAGCCCUACGCCGGAAGUGGUUCACAGUACAGCGACGUUGCCUGGCAGGCCGGACGGGGUGGGCAGCAUCACCGUGCAGGAGAAGGAAAAGUUCGCAGAGAUAAAGGAACGGUUGAAGGCGUUGUUGCAGCAUCAGAUCACUAACUUCAGAUAUGCGUUCCCGUUUGGACGGCCUGAGGGGGCGCUCAAGGCGACCCUAUCACUAUUGGAGCGAGUAUUGAUGAAGGAUGUGGUUACGCCGGUAGCACCAGAGGAAGUCAGAGCAAUGAUACAGACGAGCUUGGAGAACGCAGCGCUAUUGAACUAUACGCAACUCAGUCAGAAGGCUAAUAUUGAAGAGGAUCUAAGAGGAGAAACAAUGGUUACACCAGCAAAAAAAUUGGAAGAUCUCAUUCAUCUAGCAGAACUUUGUGUCGAUCUACUACAACAGAACGAAGAACAUUAUGCCGAGGUUUAUAACACAAAACCGGACUCUAGCGGUCAACAAAAUGCUUUCGCGUGGUUUUCGGAGCUGUUGGUAGAGCACGCCGAAAUCUUCUGGGCUUUGUUCGGAGUUGAUAUGGACAGGGUGCUGGCAGAACAGCCCCCGGAUACCUGGGAUUCCUUUCCCCUGUUCCAGAUCCUUAACGACUACCUCAGAACUGAUGCUCCUUUUAUAUCAUCACCAGAAAAUCUAAAAGGUGGCAGGUUUCAUGAACAUCUUCGGGACACGUUUGCUCCUCUUGUUGUGAGAUAUGUGGACCUGAUGGAGUCUUCGAUUGCGCAGUCGCUACAUAAAGGUUUCGAAAAGGAAAGGUGGGAGAUCAAGGGCAAUGGCUGUUCAACGAGUGAAGAGUUGUUCUGGAAGCUGGACGCGCUGCAGUGCUUCAUCAGGGAUCUGCACUGGCCGGAGCCGGAGUUCAGGUCGCACCUGGAGCAGCGGCUCAAGUUGAUGGCGUGUGACAUGAUGGAGACGUGUAUACAGAGGACUGAGGCUUCGUUUCAGUCGUGGCUGAAGAAGAGCGUGACGUUCAUGUCGACGGACUACAUCCUGCCCGCGGAGACCUGCGCCAUGGUCAACGUGGCCCUCGACGCUAAGAACCAGGCACUCAAGUUAUGCGCAGUUGAAGGGGUAGAUAUUUACCAGUAUCACACGAAGAUGGAUGCGCAGAUAGAAGCAUGCCUCCAGGGCAUGGCUACUGGUAUGACCACCAGGUUAUCAGCAGUGCUGGAGGCUACGCUUGCUAAGAUCGCCAGGUUCGACGAGGGAAGCUUGAUCGGGUCAAUCCUGACGAUAGCCAACGUGUCGGGUUCCGGCAAGGACAUCGGCCAGGGCUACGUCAACUUCAUGAGGAACUCCAUGGACCAAAUAAGAUCGAAGGUGACAGACGAGCUAUGGAUCCUGCAAUUGUUCGAGCACUGGUACGGCAUACAAGUGGGGCUGAUCAACACAUGGCUCGCGGAACGGCCGGCGCUUCACCCACAGCAAGUCGCCUGCCUGUCCAUCAUAUUGAAGAAAAUGUACAGCGACUUCGAGUUGCAAGGAGUGAUCGACGAUAAGUUGAACUCGAAGGUGUAUCAGAAUGUAGCAGCCAGGAUGCACACUGAGGAAGCUACCUGCAGUUUGCUACUCUCACAGCAAGAUGCCAGCGGUGGUGACGACGGUGGGUCUGAAGAAGGAUCGAGGAGCGGCAAGUCCAAGCUUGAGGCGCUGACGGAAGAUGCCAAGCUUGGCAAUGUUACUGCUGUCGUUGGAAAGGUUGGCAACAUCUUUGGUCGCGGCAUUGGGGAAUUAUCAACGAAGCUCGGAGGCGCUUCUUCAUGGUUUUAAAACAAUAAAUAUCUCAUAAAAUUUCUUUGCCUCUAUACAAAGUGAGAAGAGAAAACAGACGAUUUUUUUGUUAAUACAUCAAUAUAGAAUAAAACUCAUUCAAAACAUUAAUUAAUUAUUAUUCUCCAAUGGUAUUAACAGAUGCCUGAAUUGUACUCGUUACUGACGACAAUAACAAAAAUGAAAUAUUGUUAACAGCAAAAUACUCAUAAAACAUUGAAUCCAUAUCAUUUUUCGUAUUGAUGCAUUAACAAAAACACUCAACUAUUCUGUGAUGAUGAUUAAAACAAUCGUUUGCAUUCGUUAAAUAGAAUGUUUGCCAUUUUGAAUAAUAUAGAUCAUCAAGAUGGCGUCUUACGCGCUAGGAUUUAAUCAUAAGUGGCCAGUUUAUGCAUAGCUUAGUGUGAUUAUAGUGUAAACGAGGAUUAGGUUUUGUUUUAUAAAAGGCUUGGUGUACAGUUAGGGGAAUAUUAUUCGUUUAUUGGAAGCAAAUAAAAAUGUAUUACGUAUGUGUGUAAAUUAAGAGUAGUAUUUGAUAAACACGAUUCGAAGAAAAAUAUAUAAUAAAUAUUAUAUUAUUACAAACGCAUACAUACACAAAAUGCUACAAUAAGGAAACAUAUCGCUUUGGCAAAGGUUAUAUUCUGUUAUAUUUAACGCGAUGUAUUGUAAUUAUUUACAAAAUUAUAUGUAAUUAAAAAUAUAAAAAGAAUGGGGGGAGGGUAGUGAGUGAGUGAAAGUAAGGAAUCCUUUCUCAAUUUAUCAAAGUUACGUUUUCUAUAUCUUUUAGAAAUUGUUACUAUCUUCGAAUAUAAAUACAUUGUUUCCUGCAAAAUAUAUCAAUAUGUUAUACACAUUUCAUUGAACUAAAGAGUGACAAGCACGUUAAUAUUAAAGCAGAGCAAAGUUUUCAAGGCAACUCUUUCUAUACCUACCUUAAAAAACAGUAUUUUUCUAACUAAAUCCACUUUUUAAAUCAUCGGUUUGAUCUCUUUAUAAACUCUACAAUGCAUUUUUAUAAAAAUACAAAAUAGGCGCCAUACAGCUUAAUUAUUUUUCGAAAAUAAAUAUUGCCAGUAAUAAAAAAUGUCCCCCGCUUUUUGGGUAAAAUUGAUUUUUAUAAGAAUGCAUCUUUAAAUUUACAUGUUAGCCACUUUUCGCUAUAGUAUAAUUCUCUAUAUUUUAAAGCUCUCUAGAUUCUAAUGACAAUCUAGCGACACUUUACCUUGAUUAGUCGUCAAAAUAAUAAUACAUAACUAUUUAUAAAAAAUACUAUUAAUAGUUAUAUUUGUUAACAAAAUAAUAUUCUUCUACGCUAAACACCUUACAAAUUUUUGAACUAGGAGAAAAUUUAAAGUUCUUAGAUGAAAGUUUAAUGAUUAAAAAUAUAGCGGUUAGUCGCUAUGCUGAUUCGCCUUACUAAUGUCUUGUUCGGAACGGCUUGGAAAUAGAAUAAUGUCUUACUUUAUUUAGGUAGACUUGAUUUUUCCUUGUCUGAUUAGUUUACUGAUUUUAAAAUCAAGCUUGGAAGCUUCCAAAAUUUAUAAAAAUAAGAAUAAAAUACAAAGUGCGUAUCUUAAAUCAGAAGUAGUCUCGAUGAGUUACUGAAUGUAUAUUAGAGAAUGAUAAAUAAAUCGCUGAAUAUUGAAAUAUUGACUAUGAAUGUUAAAGUCCAGCACCGUACGACUUGGUAAAGAGAUGAUUGUAGUUAUUCCCAAUAUUUUAUCAUAACACGAAAUUAUAUAAACCACUUAAAUAGGACUGUAUCGGCACAGUAAUCAUGUAAUGAAAGUAGUGCUCAUAUAAUUGAAUGUAAGGAAUAAUAAUCAAAAUGAUAUAAUAACUAAUGUUACAUUUAUUUUAAAGUUAUAUUUAUUAUGAAGUUUCAAACAUUCCUGAAUUAUGUAUUUAAUGGAAAAGGCUAUACCUAGUAUGGUUUGUUAUCUUCGCCUUGUGUAUUUCCUUACUUCUUAAUACUUACCUAUUUCAAAAAUCCUUAAAUACUAAUUAGAUGAAAAAGUUUGUAUACUUGGCAUUACUUUCUUUGGACCUUCAUUUCUUUAUUAUGUGUUAAGUUGGGUAACGAGCUCAAUAGAAUGAAAACGUCAGUUUUGUAGUGUCUAAGUGCAUUAUAAGAGCCGACUGAAGAUGUAACUGCGUAGUAUACUGCUUGUAUUAUUUCGCCAUGUUGGAAACUCGCAAUGCCUUUCCUAAAUCACUAAUUGACGUGCCUAUUUCAGACUACAUUUAAACAGCCGAUAAUAGCUUCAUAAAAAGGUAAUUGCGAGUUUUUAAAAGCUUCGAAACGCCAUUGAGUGCAUCGCGUGUGUAAGGGGAUAACAAUAAAAAAUAUUUACAAUAAAAAUGUUUACUGUU